CAGCUCUGCUGCAUUACGAGCUAGCUAAGCUGCACACAGUUGGGGCAAGAGAAAGAAAAGAGAGAAAAGGAGGAGAGGAGAGAUGACGCGACAUGUCGACCAAAACUGGAAGCUGCUACAGCAGACGACGUUCACGAAGUGGGUCAACAACGCGCUGCGCGGGCACCUCAAGACGGCGAGGACGCAGGUAAGCGACCUACAGAAAGACCUGAGGGACGGUCUGGUGCUGGUGGAGCUGCUAGAGAGCAUCGCCAGCCCCAGGAAAGUGGGUCGACACAACAGGGAACCCGUCAUCAAGCCUCAGAUGCUGGAGAAUAUUGGAGCUGUGUUGAGGUUCCUGGAGCGAGAGCAGAUCAAAGUCGUCAACAUCGGCCCUGAGGAUAUUUACAGUGGGAAUUUGAAGCUGAUUAUGGGGCUGAUCUGGACCCUCAUCCGCCACUUCCAAAUUCGCAGUUCAGGUAAGGACCUAUCGACCAAGAAUGCACUCCUGGCGUGGAUCAACACCCAGAUCCCGGACCAGAAGGUCACCAAUUUCACGACUGAUUGGAACGACGGGAUAGCACUCUGCGCUCUCGUGGAUCGAAUCAGACCCGGCCUUUGUCCGCACUAUGCUACUCUGCGACGCUCCGAAGCCUUGGACAACUGCCAACUGGGCAUGGAUAUAGCAGAGGAGGAGUUGGGGAUCCCAAAGCUACUGGAAGCUUCUGAUCUCCGCCACAGUGAUGUGGAUGAGUUGAGCGUCAUGACGUAUGUGUCGUAUUUCUGUAAGCCUGCAAACGAGCAGCUACUGAGGUGGAUUCAGAACAAGAUCCCACAACGAACGAUCACAAACUUCAAGAAAGACUGGAACAAUGGGGUAAAUCUUGCGUGCCUCGUCAAUAAUCUUGUCCCCGGGGUCUUCGCGGACUGCGAGGAGCUGGAUCCGCACGAUUCUCUUCAAAACCUCACGCGGGCUAUGAAACUAGCAGAGGAGCGCCUCUGCGUAAAGCCGGUCGUAAAGCCAUCGCAGCUCGCCGACCCCAAAGUGGAUGAGCUAAAUGUUGCCACAUACCUCUCUCGAUUUCAGUACGCAAAAUUCUUGGCCUACCAACCGAAGGAGGUAUCGUGUACUGGUCACGGGCUGCGAAAAGCUUUCAUUGGACGGCCAACAUUCUUUCAAGUGGAUUCGUCCACGGCCGGAGUGGUGUGUUGA